UAGCUCUAAGUAAAAUGGAAAUUUAGUCAACGUCAUAGGAUAGCUUACCUACUAAACAAACAUAUAGCUUGCAAAGUCUAGCAUUAAAUUGAGGAUAUUUAGAGAAGAAGAGAAAGAUAGAGAUGGGAAUAAUGGCAGCAUGGUUAAAAGGGUUUGCACCAUUUGCAGCCAUGGUGAUGGUUGAAUGCCUGGAUAUUGUGUCAACCACAAUGAGCAAAGCAGCUAUGACCAAAGGAAUUAAUCACUUUGCUUUUGUUGUCUACACAAAUGCACUUGCCACUAUUAUCUUCCUCCCCAUCUUCAUCUGCCAUAGUCACAGAAAGAAGACACCAACCCCACUCACUUUCUCUCUUCUCUCUAAAUUCUUCCUCCUUAGCUUCGUUGGGAUAACUCUCGUGCAAAAUUGUGCAUUUGCUGGGAUAAGCUAUAGCUCCCCAACACUUGAAUCAGCUUUGAGUAGCCUGGCUCCGGCCUUCACUUUCAUUCUAGCUGUUUUCUUCAAAAUGGAAAAGUUGGAUUUGAAAAAUCGAAAAGGGAUGAUGAAAGUCAUGGGCACUGUGCUUUCAAUCGCAGGAGCACUGAUCAUCACCAUAUACAAAGGUCCAGCAAUUUUGCCUCCAUUGUUGCAUUCUGGUCAAAAUACUUAUUCAACAAACUCUGUCUCCAUGAUUUUGGGAGCAACUAAUAAUUGGAUAUUUGGAGGCCUUAUAAUUGUAGUUGGUAGUUUAUGUUUUUCCAUAUGGAAUAUUGGCCAGGCAGCAAUUCUUGAAAGGUACCCAUCAGAGAUAACCAUACUCUUCUAUUAUUUCUUCUUUGGAACCAUUCAGUGUGCAUUACUUACUUUAAUUGUGGGAGAAGGUUCAAGUGUCUGGGCACUAACACCUAAUAUUGAGCUCAUCUCUGUCCUCUAUUCAGGUAUUUUUGGAAGUGUGGUUCCCUUUUCUGUGAUAACAUGGUGCAUAAAAAAGAAAGGCCCAGUUUUUACUGCCAUGUUCCAGCCUUUAGGGAUUGCUAUUGCUGCCUUUAUAAGCUCCAUUUUUCUCGGCGAGGCACUUUACAUUGGAAGUGUUAUUGGAGCUGUUUUAAUCGUUAUAGGCUUCUAUGGAGUAAUAUGGUCACAAUCAGUAGAGGGAAAGGAUGAGACCCAUGGAGUUGUUGAUGGGUUGCAGUCAGUCUCCCCACUGACCCCACUUUUAGAAAGCUAACCACAUCCCCAUUUAAAUAAAAGUCAAAGAUGUCAAGGUACUAACAUUACUUUAAAACCAGAGUUGAAUUUGUUAAUUUUGUCUGAACCAGGCAAUGCGCAUGGUUGAUGCUCUUUGUAAAUUACUAAAUAAUCAUAUAGCAAAUGCUUCUUUUAGAAUAAAUAUAUGCAAUAUAAGAGCAAAAGCACUUUUUUCUUCU